UUGGUAAAGUCUUUUAGCUGAAAAGAAACGAAGAAAACAAGAGCCAGAGAGAGAGAGAGAAAAGAGAGAGAGAUCCAUGGAGGGUCUUCAAAGAUCAACCACCUCCUUCCGCCGUCAGGGAUCUUCCGGUAUAGUCUGGGACGAUCGUCUCAUCGCCGAGCUCAAUAAACAGGCCAACGAGCAGAAAGACGAAAGUCAACGCGACGAGCAGCCUAAGCCGAUGUCGGAAAGCUCGGAGCAAGGAAAACCGAUCGCCGGCGAUGAGAAAGACAAACUCAGACCAAUCAAAACCGGUUUACCAGAACCGGGAGGAAUCGAGAGGAGUCGAUCUAAUGGCGGAGGAGCACCACGGCAUCACCGAGCAACCGGAAGAGUGUCUCCGGCGGUGGACCCGCCGUCUCCGAGAGUCUCGACUUGCGGUUGCUGCUCUGCGUUUGGGAAGAAACCGCCGGGGAAGAAGAAUAAUCCGAGGAAGAGGCCACCGAAGCGCAGAUCGAGGUAGGCGGCGCAGGAUAAGAUUGAAGAGAAGAAAAUAGUGUAUACUGUCUUUGAUCUUUCUUUUUUUUUUGUUUUGUUCCUUCUGUGUGCUCAAGCUACAAACUUUAAUCUCAUUUUCUAUUUUCUCUCGUUAAGCUUAUAGAUCGCAAUACUUUGGAUUUUCUGGGUGUUUGUAAAUUAGCUGUCUUUUUUUUUUCAUCGGACAAAUUCCAUUUCUGUACAAUUCAAAACGACUUUCCGA